GACAUUUUAUAGUUAUAGGUGACUUGGCAGUUAACACGUUUGGCACUUUAAUCCUUAUGUUACGACACUUACGACAAGAGUAUGCUACCACACGUCGUGUGCAAUUAUUUUCAAUUAUGUUUACUACUACUACUCUUUAUGAAUGAAAUAACUACGUUUUCCAAAUAUUAUGAUGACCAUAUAUAUUCAUCAAACGAAGACACAAACACAUUCAAUGAAGAUUCUCCAAUAAACGAAGCUGCAAGACCCCAAUUACUAAUGGGAGUGAACACGCGUCAUAAGAAAAACGAUGGGCCCAUUGUUGAUUAUGAUAUAGAAAAAAUUGACGCGGAAGAAAAACUACAUACUGUAUUAAACGAACAACCAGAUGAAACAGAAGAUAUUGAAAAAGAUACUAUACUACUAAAAGAUAACUACAGUAAUAAAGAUAAUGACGACAAUACACCAUCACCAAGUAUUAUAACUAAAAAUAUUUUUCAUGAUCAUUCUAAAUAUGAUGCAAAAAAACUGGCUGCAUUGCCCGGAUUGAAAUUAAGCUCGUCUGAUAUUAUCAAAUUUCAAAUAUGGCCCGAAGCCAAAAUACCAUUUUUCAUCGAUGAGUUUUCAUAUGACAAAGUUCUGCGUGAAAAAAUCCGUGGCUACCUGGAAAACGCGAAAACUCUCACUGGUCUCAAUUUUGUCGAACUCGCCAGUCCGCCUGAUGAUGAAAACGAAAGAUGGGUCUUCUUCAUCAAUCGUAGAGGACAACUGGACUGCAAAGAUUAUUCCACAAAAUCUUUCACGAAUUCUGGAGUGCAGAAAGUAAUUAUAGGCUACGAUUGCCUGCAAAACAACGGGCCGAUGGCAGCCAUAGUCCUGGCGUUGGCAGGCGUACCUCCACAACACAAUGCACCCAACCGGGACCAGUUCAUCAACAUCUCCUUGGAGUCUAUACUACCUGAAAAAAGAGGUUAUUUCAAACGACUUGACGAGAAGGACUGGCUGUUUCAUGAGCUAGAUUACGACUACUACAGUGUUGGCCACUACCCUUCACACAAAUACACUGCCGAUGGCUAUCCAACUUUAACUGCAUUUACCAAGCGAAAGGUUCUAUAUAUGAGACAUGAUGAAAAAGACACCUACAGCAGUAUAGACAUACAGAAAAUAAGAUUGCUUUACAAUAAUAUUCUACGUAACUUACCGCGUACGGACAUGAAGAUAGAAAUAUGCAAAAAGUUGAAUCGACCACUCCCUGGUUUUCCUAAUACGAAACUUAAGUCACAAUCAUCCAAAAUAAAAAUGAGAAAACCGAAAAAAAACAGAGGUCAUCGACAAUCGGUGAUGGAGCCUUUAUAUGCCAUACUGAGUUCCCUUGAAUAUUUUUCCGAUAUGAGAGUAAUUCGCAACUGACAUUUCUGGAUGUUCAUGCGCCUAUAAUCCAACAGGCGGAUUGUACGUUUUUUUAACGACCGUCAAUUGUAAGGUAAAAACGAUAGAGUAAAAGAGCGAAGAAGUUACGGCACUAAAUAACAAUAAAACAAAUGACCUAAACCGGGGGUCGGCAACCUUUUAAUUAAUAAAAAUAAUCACAGGAAUUUCUAAAAGAAAAAAAAUUACACUUUUUAAUUGCAGUUGUUAAAGUAAUUUGCAUAUAAACUUACUUCUGGUCGACAAUAAAUUCAUGUAAAUUAAAACGUAAGUGUACACAUAGGUAAAGUUGGUCAAGCAGAUCUUGUUAGUAGAAAAAGGCGCCAAAUUUGAAAAAUGUAGGCGCGAAGGGAUAUC